GUUCACGGAAGAGCACUCUAGUAUAAAAAAAAAAGAAAAAUUAAUAAACGUAAACAAAUCUCAUUCUGUUGAACUUUGGCCCAUGUUUAUCUCUUUCUCUGAUUGCAUUUCAGAAUCUAAUUAAUUAACACUGUAAAUAAGAAACAGAUUUCACCCAUGGCAACACAAGUUUUAGAUUAUCGCAUUGUGGUAGAUGAAAAAAACUUCAAAGCUGAGAGUUUCUUUCCAGGAUUGGCUUUUGUGGAUUUUGAAAGAACUGGUGGACUAGCCCUAUGGAACAUCAGCAGGUUAUUUGAAUCUGGAAGGAUUGUUCCAUUUUUUCAAGCCAAUUUUUUAGAUUACAAAACUCUGCGAAGUGAUCAAAAUACAUUUUUUCUUCUUGGAGGUGACUAUUAUUUUGAUUCUUGCUUAUGGAAUGUGCCCAGAAAGUUUCACUAUUUUCCAUAUAAGAUAACUAUAGAACUCAUCAAUGUUGGCCAGACUUCCAUAACAGUCCGUGAAGUUCUAAUCAAUUUGUUAGAUGGUAAAGAAAUUGCAACAUUUUAUGGAAAACUUGUGUAUGUGGACAGGAUAACAAAAAAGUCUCAAGCACUGCCUGAAUGGUACAGGAGGAAAUAUGAAGCUGCUAAAUCCUCUCGUAUUGUUAAAUUUGAGACAGCCGUUCCAGCUAUUCCACAAAACAGACAUCAAGUUCCAGUCACAGUGACUCCAAGUGAUACAGACUACAAUGGACACAAUAAUCAAGGCAGUUAUGUCAGAUUUUGUAUGGAUGCAGCAGAAACAGCAAGACAAUCCCAUUUUUUAAAAGGCUUCACUGGUGACAUUUGUCUGUAUCCUGUUGUGAAACUCACAGCUUGCUACAGGGGAGAGACACUCGCAGGAGAUAAUCUGAUGACCUCUGUCUGGCAGGAUGACACUUCACCAUCAGAGUUAAACUUUGCAAUUCACAAAGGAACUAAGUUGGCUUUUACAGCCUGCAUAACAUUUAAAUCUACAUGUUGCUCCAAGUUGUAACAUUUUCAAUCGUAUCUUAAUUGCAAUUUAUUUCAAAGCCUUCAAGAUUUUUUAUGAAAUACAAAAAGAGAAAAGGAAAUGGUUUGAAACAAAAAAUAUGAGACCAAUUAAAAAGUGAGCAAUUGAAAUGAAAAGCUGUUGGUCUCUACAUUGCUUUACUUUGAGUGAAGUUUUUCUGAACAGUUUUAGCUAGUCCUACAUUCUGUUUUUUUUCUACCUUUCUCUAGGUUUUUGGGUGACUGAAACUAAAAAAUGUUGCAAUUACAUUUUUUUUUUACAUGAUUUUUUUAUAGUCACCAAGUUAUUAAACAAAACAAUAGUAUUUUCAUUUUCAAUGUAAACUUCUUUGGGGCCAUGUUCUGGCUUAUGCUUUGUAUAUGCUCUGAUAAUGAAUGUUUGAUGAAGAUUUAACUGAAUGAUACAUAUCUACUUUUUAUAAUUGUUAACUUCUGAACCAAAUAUUCCUAUAGUUAGCAUCAGCAUCUUUUGCAUUCAUUUCAGUCAUUGAUCUCUAAAUUAGAUGACAGCAAAAAAAAAUCUUUAAAAUUUUUCACCACUGAAAUUUAAUUUUUGUUAAUUGUAAAAUAUUUUAGCGCUUGGAGACAUUUCUUCUGUUUUGCAAGUGUUUAUAAACAUAAAGAUAGUAUAACUCACAAGCUUAGUGGACCAAGAAACAAAGAUAAAAGGGAACAUGUAGCUUGUUCUUCCAACUUUCAGACCCAAUGUACCAACCUCAUCUUUGCACACUUUGUUUGAGACAUGUAUCUCCUUAUGAACUAUAAUAAAUUAUUUAACUGGAAAUUUGGUAAUCAUUAAUCUAUUAAUUUAGAUUUUAGAAUUAAUCAAUCUGUGGUGAAAAGAAAUGAAUCAUUCAUAUAUUGAAUAGGAAAGUGAUGGAUAAACUAAGUAGCUGUUCUUUCCAAAUGGAAGGAGUUGUAAAUCUGGAGUCAUUAGGCCUAGACAUGGUUUCAACAGUUUGGAGGUCCCUAAGAAUGAUAGUAUUGUGAAGCAGAGUCUGACAUACAUGAUAUGUUACCCUAAAUGUGAAAUUGUCAGCACGUUUGUUCAGCUACUUUCAAAACAAAUAUUCAACUGUCUAGACGUGGUAAAAAUAAUUUCAAAACUCAGAUGUUUCUGUAUAAUGGAGGACAUUAUGUAGGCCAAGCACAUGGCCAUUUAAAUUGGUUAUGUCUCAAUGGUUCAGGGUUUGAACCCUGCCUGUCACCAUCCUGUGGGAGUUUUGGGCUAGAAUGGAAUAAUCUUAAAUCUGAAGAAAGGUUCCAAACCAUGGAAAAGGAAAUAGAAUGGAGAAUGAGAAUGUGUUAAUUAUAAGUGAUGAAAUGAUUCAUUACAGUUACAUACAACGCAAAUAAAAAACAACAACAAAGAA